CGAGCGGCCUGCCGGCCCUGUGUGUCGGGAGCGCCGGCCUCCGUUGCGCACGUCCGGAACGCGCUCGGGGUUAGACCCCGUUGCCCGACGCCGUAGGCUGCUCACGCCGGUGCUCCCUCAGAGAGAAACGGGCGCCCGAGGGGCGGGGCCGAGGGGAGGUGUCCGCACGCGCGACGUCGGCAUCGCGGACUUCCGGUCGCCGCCAUCUUGCUCGCGCGGAAGUCCGCGGCUGGGUGGGAGCCCGGGAGCGGGUUCGGCGGACGGUGCGGCCUUCGCCAUGCCGUCGUCGCCGCUGCGGGUGGCGGUGGUGUGCUCGAGUAACCAGAAUCGGAGCAUGGAGGCGCACAACAUCCUCAGCAAGCGGGGAUUCAGCGUCCGGUCCUUCGGAACAGGAACUCACGUGAAGCUCCCAGGACCAGCACCUGACAAGCCUAAUGUCUAUGAUUUCAAAACUACAUAUGACCAGAUGUACAAUGAUCUUCUAAGGAAAGACAAAGAACUCUAUACACAGAAUGGUAUUUUACACAUGUUGGACAGAAAUAAGAGAAUCAAGCCUCGUCCAGAAAGGUUCCAGAACUGCAAGGACCUGUUUGACCUGAUCCUCACCUGUGAAGAGCGGGUCUACGACCAGGUGGUGGAAGAUCUGAACUCCAGAGAGCAGGAGACCUGCCAGCCAGUGCACGUGGUAAAUGUGGACAUCCAAGACAACCAUGAGGAGGCCACCUUGGGAGCCUUCCUCAUCUGUGAGCUCUGCCAGUGUAUCCAGCACACGGAAGACAUGGAGAAUGAGAUUGACGAGCUGCUGCAGGAGUUUGAGGAGAAGAGCGGCAGGGCCUUCCUGCACACAGUCUGCUUCUACUGAGCUCCACCUCCUUCAGGCUCCUCUUGGUGGAAGGUGUAUGGACUGUACAUAUAGGAUGAAAAGGUACACAGAACCGCCAGAUUAAAGACCAUUCUCAACCCCACUUCUCUUUACCAAAAGUUACUGCCCACUGCCCUAGGGUGUGCCUGUUGCUCUGCCUUGCUCUCUUCUCUCCCAAUUGCUGGAUUGUACAAAUAUCUGAAUAAAGCAACGAGCUGUAUCUUAAAGAAAAGAACCUGGAAUUACCCAAUAAAUAGAUGCUGCUAGUUGUCAA